CACGUAACGCACGCUGCAGCGGAAACACUGGAUUCUGGUUCGGAUCGGGGUUCGCUAUAGUAUAGGUUGGGUUUCGGAUUUCGGAUUUCGGCAGUCGUCGUUUGUAUCGGUCGGUUUGGUCCGCUUGAUCGGUUGGUUGGCCAACUGCAAGCUCAGCGGUUUUCCGUUUUUCGUUUUUCGGGGCCCUGCAUUCGGCAGUUGUGAUUGAUGGACUGCAGUUGCUCCGCCAGCUCUGACCUCUAACCUCUGACCCCCCAGACAAUCGAAUUAAGUGACUUAAAGGGGUCUCUUUUUAUGAGGGUCCGGGUCCCGUUGACCGAUUCUAAAAAGAACACCCAUCAACGCAAGAAUAUAUCAAAUAAAAAACGUUCAAUUUCGCCUUUAUUUUUGUGCCCGGUUUUUCGGAUUUCGCCAUCGCAUUUCGCAUUUCUCGAGCUUGUCGACGUCGUGUGCGCGGUCUUCAUAAAUUAUACAAGAGCGCAUUUUGCGAACGACUUGCAAAUAAAUAAGCAUUUACGCUUUUAUUAUUGCCCGGCGUGUGUGUUGUUUGUGAGUGUGUUUUUUGGAGCAGGAGCCGGAGUUCUGCGGAAAUCGCUCCCAUGUGGCGCAAACCGGAGGAAUAAAAUAAAACCGAACCGAGGGUUCCCACUUAAAUAUCAUUUUUGCAUACAAUCAACAUCUAGCCGUAAAAGUGUGUUCGUCCCUAUAAAUAUUUCGGGAUCCGCUCUGAUUUGUGUGUGCUGAUAAGCCAGUGAUUGCAAGGCAUAAAACCCAGUCCCCCAUAAAAGAUAUCUCAAGCAGAAAAUGCCAGGAGACACCGCGGCGUAUACUUAAUCUUGUCAACGGGCCCGAAGCAAGGCUAAAACAAACAUGAACUGUCUUUGUCGCCCAUCACGGAUUAUGUCCGUGCGCAUUAAUUUGCUGGAUGAAACCGAGUUUAUACACGAGAUCAAGGAUGAUUUGCCCGGCCAGGCUCUGCUGGAUGUCGUCUUCGCCAGGCUCAAUUUAAUCGAGACCUCAUACUUCGGCAUACGUUACAUAGACGAGGAGAAUCAGACGCACUGGCUAGAUCCUGCGUCGCGUAUUUCAAGACAACUCAAGCCCAAAUCGGAUCCCUAUGACCUGUAUUUCGGCGUCAAGUUCUAUGCUGCUGAUCCCUGCAAGCUGCUGGAGGAAAUAACCAGGUAUCAACUCUUUCUGCAAGUCAAACAGGACGUUCUGCAGGGACGACUGCCCGUGGCCUUUGAACUGGCCGCCGAACUGGGAGCCUUUGUGGUGCAAUCGGAACUUGGUGACUACGAUCAGCGGCGCCACUCGAAGGGCUAUGUGUCCGAGUUCCGGCUGCUCCCCAACCAGAGCAACGAGCUGGAAACCCGUGUCUCCGAGCUCCACCAGCAGCUGAAGGGAAUGUCGCCCUCCAGUGCGGAGCUCAACUAUCUGGACAAAGUCAAAUGGCAUGAUAUGUAUGGCGUGGAUUUGCAUCCCGUCCUGGGCGAGGACAGCGUGGAGUACUUCCUGGGCCUGACUCCGAGCGGGAUUGUCGUGCUGCGCAACAAGACGACGGUGGCUCAUUACUAUUGGCCGCGCAUUGCCAAAGUUUAUUAUAAAGGACGCUAUUUUAUGCUCAGGAUAAGCGAUAAAAAUAACGAGCUGAGCACCUACGGAUUCGAGACGCCUCGCAAAUCGGCCUGCAAACACUUGUGGCGAUGCUGCGUGGAGCACCAUGCCUUCUUCAGGCAGGUGCGAGUGGCCCCCCUGCCCAGUUCGCAGUCGCAUGCCGCCGAUUUGUUCCAACUGGGAUCGCGCUUCAGGCACAGUCGUCCGGACAAGCAGGCGGAGAAGGAUGCACUUUCCGCCGGACGAUCGCCGCCCGCCUUCACCCGCACCCCCUCCAAACGCCAGCCGCGCCGCGUGAUUGAUGACUUUUUCAACAGCAAUGGGAAUGGGAACGGGAAUGGAACUGGCAGUGGCCAUGGAGCCAGUGGAGCCAGUGGAGCGGGAACAUUAGGAGCAGACCGGGGCGGCAGCCACAUGGGCAACAGGCCGCUUCCGCAGCCCGGAAUGGGCACCAUCUCCAACAACUACGACAGUCCCUAUCGAUCCACCUACAGCAUACCCACCAGCCUGGGGAUCAGACCUUGCCAUCAGCAGCAGCAGCAGAACAACAACUCCAGCAGCUACAACAACAACAGCGGGGGCAACCUGCAGACACCUGACUCCCCGAGGAGCACCCGGAGUGCCCCCUGGCCGAGGUCCCAGCAGCGGUCCCUCUUCGGCCACAAUCCUUCGAGUCCGCGAUCCGUGAGAUCCGCCAGCACGGCGGGCGGGGGGCUGCACCACCAUCACAGCCACCACAGCCACGGACACGGAACCAGCCACCAUCCGCACCACCAGUCCUCGUCGGCGGGGGCCACCUCCUCGUCCUCGCACCACCAGCGGCAGCGGGCCAGCUCCUCAUCCGCCUCCCACCAGCAGCAGCGGUACCGCUCCAGUUCCGUGGAGAGCCACUCCUCCAACGCGAGGUCCACGCGCAAGCAUAAGCACCGUCAUCGUCGCACCUCUGAUAACGAAAGCGAGCUCUCUAGAGGAUCGGGUCGCUCUGGAAGAUCAGGGCGUUCGCAUCAUCGCAAACACCGUCGAUCGCACCGGCACCGAAGGGACUCGGCUGGGGGAUCGGAUCACGACAGCACUCGAGGACGCAGCUACUCCGGCCAUCGAAGCUCCUCGAUGAGGAGUGGAAGUGCGGAACUCAUAGAUUCUACUUCCCAAUGGAGGGAGGUUCAGAGGCGCCAGGCGGAGGCCAGUUUGGGCCAGAGUUCCGUGCAGCAGGCAGCCGUUUCCAAGAGCAGCAUGGUGGCCAGGAGUCUGCACAGCAACGACAGCCACUCGGACACCCAUUCGCACCACAAGUCUAGAAGGCAUCGUAAGAACAAAUCCCCAUCGGAAUCACGCAGUCGAAUGUGGAAUAGUGAGCUGGCGAAGCACCUUCAAUUCGACUUGGUGGACACGGAGGGCAUGUCGGAGCAACAGUUACGGGAGAUUCCCUAUACGGUGGUGGAGACCACUUCGAAGAGGUCCAAUUCCAACCUGAAGAUUCACAAGAGCAACAGCAAGAGCAGUGUGGGAGCCAAGAGCACGGGGUCAGGCAACACCAUCACCAAUGGCAGUGGAUCGGGUAAUACGGGUCAGGCCAGGAAUCGAGUCGAUCGCAUCAGAGGACUUUACUAUCAAAGCUCGCACCCACACGACGCCAAUGGAGGUCCUGGAACUGGAGGACAUGCGCCCAAGAAUGGUUCCAUACGAUCUGCCAGCACUAUAUCUUCAAGGGAGUGCGAAAGGAAUAAUGGUCUAGUUAGAAUGAUGUAGAUGAGCAUGGGUGACUUUAUCUCACCCACUGGAUCGAAUCUGAGUCCCUUGGAGAACUCAGCCCUGCGCGUGUCCCAUGAGCACACCGACUCUGGACUGGGCGCUGAUCAGGACUAUGCAUAUUCAUCGGAGAGAUCCAGCGACAGCACUCGCUACGGCACCAACAAAUCCUCUGGCGCCUCGAGCGGAUCGCACCGGAAGUCCGGGGGCAGUGCCGGCGGGAACUACAACAACCUGAUGCAGCAGACCGUGAGUAACCAGCAGCAGCAGCAGCGUUCGCUGUUCGCCCAGCAGCAACGCCAGCAACAGAAGAGCACCUACAAAUACGCCACCUCCUCGCCAUCGUCCACUAACCCGGGCUCCCAGGGCUCCUCGGGCCUGGCGCCCGUCCAUGGUUCCGGCUCGAGUUCCCACCCGAGUCAGAACCCGAAUCCCAAUCCCAACAGCGCUACUAACUCUAAUCAGCAGUCGCCGGCCAAUCGCCUGCUCCACUACACGACCUUCGAGAACAACCAGUACAAGUUCAGCCUGAACAAUGCGCUGGCCAGGGGCUCCAAGGGCGUGGUGAGUGGCGGGGGCAGCAUUAGCAAUCUGGCCGGGAAUAUGGUAUCCUCUGGUGGUGGUCCAGGUGCUGGUGGUGGUGCUUUCAGCCGGCAGCGCAGCUUUGUGGAGUGGCCCAGCAAUCCGGCGUCGCCGUACUAUUACCAGGGUCCCUCGACGCAGGUGGCGCAGGUGAAGCGGCGGGACGCCAAGUCGGAUAUCGGGGUGCCCACCAGGCGGCUCUCCGGACAGAGUCUCACCAAGACGCAGCUCCUGACGGGCGGCGGCGGCGGGAACAACCAGUUGGCCAACGCGGGCUGUUAUCCCCUGCACUAUGCCAGCAGCAGUGUUUCGGGAGCGGGAUACAAUCGUCCCUUGGGUCAGAGGUCAGGUGGGAAUGGUGGCUCCUCCUCGGGACUUUGGCUGCAGCCAGCCAAGUCGGAUCUCUUUUUGUCCUACAUACAUGGCGGGGAGUACGAGCGGCCGUACAUUUACAACUACAAGAUGCCGCAGAUGCCGGGAGGAGCUGGAGGAGGAGGGGGUGGAGCAGGAGCAGGAGCAGGGGGCUCCCCCAAACAACAGACCACCGCUUACCACAUCUCUGGAUCCCAGACCGCAGAUCCGCCGCCACCUCCUCCGCCGCUCUACGGAGGAACGGCGCCCGCCACCGACGUCAUGUACUAUCAGUUCGACAAAGGAGCCGCCGUCGCCGGAGCUCCCUCAACGUCGACAGCCUCCGCGUCCUCGUCGCCGGCCAUGCCCAUUGUCCAGCAGCCGCGUCAGUCGGGCGGUCCAUUAGUGUAUCUGCAGCAUGGCCAGAAUGCAUCUGUGUCUGAACAACAACAGGGAAUGUCGCACUCCUCAUCGCACUCCUGCAGCGAGGAGGACGAGGCCAUGAUUGUCCUGGAGGCCCUGCAGAUGGAGAAUGCCCAGACCACCAACGACGAGUCCGAGGACACCGAAGACGACGAGGCCGCCGAGGCCGAGGACAUGUUUGAUGCGGAUGCUCCUUUGAUGUCCCCCACGGGCAGUCACAAUAGCUCCGGCAACAACAACAAUAACAACAGCAGCAGCAACUGCAUCAGCAACAACAACAUCGGCAGUGGUCGUCAAUCCACAUCGACCAAUAUUAAUUUCGAUAAUUGCAAUGCGAAUGUCUACAGUGGUCAGCAGGCGAAACAACUAGGGCCAAUUACCAGCGGCAACCAAACGUUAAAUUGUCCCACAUUGAACGCAAAUGCAAAUACGAAUCUGAAUCUGAAUCUGAACCCGAAUCCGAGUAGCCACACCACCAAUAGUCACUCCAGUAGCCAAGCGAAUGCGAAUGCGAUUCCCCCACCCAACACCACCACUAGCAACAAUAUCACAGCAGCAACCUUGGCUGCAGGUGCAACAGCAGCAACUGGCACGGCGGCAACAUCAACUGCCAACCUGCAACAAAAUCAAAACAUUUCCUCCAGCUUAGAGAUAAUCCUUUCGCCAAUUAUCCAAAGUAGUCGACGGUAAGUUUUAUUUUCAGUUUGAUUUUUGGUUCGUCCUGUUUCUGUUUGUUUGUUUUCAAGUAGGUACAACCUAUUUUCUGUUUCCGUAGCUAACAAGAAAUAAUACCAGUACCCGUACCAAUACCGAUACCGACCUUUGACCUGCAUGUUAAAACGGAGAAGAAACAACUGAAGUGACUUUACCUUUAGAUGAAAAUUGCAGUUUUUUGCUACCCAGUUCGAUCAAAGUCGAGUUAUUGUGUGUAUCUGCUAUUGUUAAGGAUUGCAUUGGAGUUUUAUCUUUGAGUUGUUGGCAGACAAAAUAAUGAGUUGAAUGCCCUUUGUAUCGUUGCCCCACCCUCGUUUUCCCUCUAUUGAACACCGCGGGAAAUUUAAAGAAAAAUCCCCAUCAUCCUCCCCAAAAAAAACAGAUACACGAAACAUCUCCUUUAAGUGUGCGAAAACAAAACGAAACGAAAACAUUAUAAAUUAUGUAUUAAUGUGCCCGUUAGGCCUGCGAAACGCGGAAAUGUCGAAAUGUUGGGACCUCCCAGCUGCCAAUUUUCAAUUGCCUUUGGGCCAAGAUAACAAUCGACUUGGGGGCCAAAACAAUGGCCCAAAAGCCUCCCAGGCAAACAUUCAUUUUCAUUUCAAUUUCACUUGCCUCGGCUUCUUCGGCUUGCUUUCGUUCUGGAUUUACAUUUGAUUUGACUGCCUUUCCCCCUAUUUUCCUCGACAUUUUUCCGCUUGGCGGGGCAACGCAGAAACGCACAAAUAUUUAUGUAAGCUAGGAAAUUCGACAGCCUAUUUACAAAUGAAUAGGUUAAUGUAUCGGGGUGGAAUCUGAAUCUGAAUCAGCUCGGCUGUGUUUUGUUUACGAGCCAAACUUGGGGCAAAUUGACUUUAAACAUGUCAAUUUAAAUUUCGGGGCUCCCACCCCACAACCCUCAUUAACCCAGGAAAGUAUGCUACGGCCAGGGCACAGAAACAUUACUCAUACGCCGCAUUGCACGCAGCCAUUGAAGCAACAAAAUGACAAUUUCACAACAAAUUAACCACCCAGCCAACCAGACAGCCAACAUUCGUACAUCCGAAUGGAUGCGAGGGCCCAGGACAUUUAUUGCGAGCAGGGAAUUGCAAGCAAAUGACCUUCAAACUCGAUAAGCGAAAACAAAACAAGCGAAAGUGCUAAAAAUAUACAUAAUUUUCAGGGAUACAAAGACAAAAGUCCCCCACACAUGCGAGCCGGAAAAUAUGAUAGGACACCGAAAAAACACACCCACAGUCGCACAUUAAAGUAUAUGUAUGUGGGGCCGGGCAAAUGAUAUUUCUGCCGGCUCGAUGGCCCGAUGCCAAUGUUUCUGUGCCUCCGACCCGCACAUAAAUACAAAUUUCAACAAAACAACAGGCCACAAAACAAAAAUAAACCCCAAAAAAUAAGCGAUGAAAGCAAAAAGGAGCAAUGUUGGCAGCCAGUGAAAAUACAAAAAGUGAAACAACAACCAGGAUAGGCAAACAUUUCAUAUCGUAGAAAUACUUUGGAGCCAAAUAAACAACAUUUUGUAGAAGCACAAAAAAAGGCAUAACAAACAGUUGAAAGGGAAAAUUGUUGGCCUGCGGGGUUUUGGGGACCUCGGGUUACUCUUUAUUUGAUUAAGAUAAAUAUUUAGGUCAUCUAAUAUUUACAAAGUUGUUUCGCCGUAAGAGGUUUGGUAUAAAAAGUAAUAGUAAAAUAAUGAAAUCAGAGACCAUUUCCUAAAAAUUGUAUAAAUAACUUAAGAUGUAAGGAAUGUAUCAACUUUAUCAUGAUAUUUAAAGGUUGUGAAGAGUUUCAAAAUUAAGAUAUCAAUUGGUUUUAAGACUUCCUUUUUCCUUUAAAUGCAGUGAGGUCGUAAUGUAUAUCCCUGCUGGAAAGGGUAUAUCCACAAGGGGUCUGCGUGUUCGACCUUGGUACAACGACAGUUCUUGUUUUAGAUUAAGCCCCUCGACCCCGCCAACCCCUUGGCCCCUGGAAAUCGACCAUUUGGAGCCCAUCGCGACUUGUAGCUAGGCCACACGCCACCAGCAAACACAAAGGGACUCGGGCGAAACUUUACGCAUUUUUGUCACAGAAAGAAAAUAGAAAACGAAAAGGAAAAGUGCUGAAAAUGUGGAAAGUGCCCGAGUGGCAAUCGUAAAUUUGACGCACAUUUUUACCCGAGGGCGGAGAGAUAAGCUUAUGAAUGGCUAUAUAAAACUCACCCCAUUGCCACACACAUAAUGUGGAGCGAUGGUUUUUUCCUUCCAGGAUUUCUUUUUGGUUUAUGAUUAAAUUAAGUAAUUAUUUGUGGUGCGGCGCCAACUGAAAUGAUAAAAAGUAUUCAAUUUGUGGCAGUUGCGGCGAUAAAACUGGAUUUACUGCGGCCAUAAACUGCGUGGCGGCACUUGAACUAUAUUUUUUGUAAAUUUAUUUCGAAUUGAAGAGCACCAUAACGCAUACGCACUGUAGUCGCUAGAGCAAACUAACCAGCUAUACUCACAACCACACACCACACACACUCACUAUACCUACACUUACAUUACCGAGCACUAGAAAACUUAAAUGAGAAAAUCGAAUCAACAAGGAAACUUUUUCUAACAUGUGCAAAUAUUUUCUUCUCUUCUCUCCCACCCCCGAAAACCCUCUUUUCGCCCCACUUUUGUUUUCAUGCCAUGCAAAUGCAACUACCACAAAACUACAAUGCAAACGGCAGAGCGCAAUUGUAAGCGAAAUGAGCACAGAGUUGUGAGAAUUAGCUAAAUUUAAUUUGCAAUAGCCAAAGCCCGCCGACCAUGCCCCUGCCGCAGGAGUGAGCUGCGCCUCCAAUCCGCCGCCCACUGCCUUCUGCAAACUUUGGUUGCAGCAACAGCAGCAGCAGCAGCAUC